UUUGUCCCUGUUGGCUUUCCGUCGUGCCGAAGACAAGCUACCUCCGAGCAAGCGGACGCUAACAUUUUGUAAUCUAAACAGGAGAAAGUAGCCUUCGGUAACUUUUUAUAAACAUCGUUGCUCUUCCACACAAGUGUUCCAGCUUGUUACUAAACAACGCGAGCCAGCCACCGCGACUUGUCCUCACCUAGCUGCUCCUUUCAUCAGUUCCGGUUUCCUCCAUGGCAUCGACGGCCACCAUCAUGGUCCCCACCACCGCCUCACGCUUCGCCCUGCUUCAAAUCGACUCCGACUCCGACUCGGACGUCUCAGAACCGGGGAAGACCGCCAGCAAAUCCGGGCGCAACUCCUCUGGGAAGCCGCGUUCGGACAAGAGCGGGGGAGGCAAGACUUCUCAAGGGAACGAGAAGAAGAAGGACAAGAAGAAGAAGAGGAAGGAGCAGCAGCAGAGUGAAGCCCAUGAGCUACGCAAUCUGGCCUUCAAGAAGAUCCCACAGAAGUCCCAAGGCCCACCCCUGUCAAUGACCUUGUCAGGAAUCGCCACCGAGCUCCUCAGUCCCUCACCGGUGGAACAAGGCAGUGUUCCGUCACAGGGCUGGCAACAGUGGAAGCAACGAGACGAGCAGAUCACCAGUGAGCUUUACGAGGCCGACUUAGAAAAGGCCUUGAUUCUAAGCAAGCUGGAGUUCGAGCAACAAAAAAAACAGAGCAUCAACAACAACACGUCCUCGCCAAAGUCUCGAGGUGGCAAAGAGGGCGGAGGCAAGAAGGACAAAAAGAAGAAUCUGCAGACCAAAGACAAAAAGACGGUCUCUCUGCAGGACUUCCAGGCUGAAGGCAGCGGAGAACCUUUGAGUCGAAGACAAGAGAAAGAGGAAGCCACGUCAGCUCCGGGACUGGGCCAGGAGGAGCGUUUUUUUAACAAACUGACAGACGACGUGACUCGAAUAAUCCAACGGGAGAAGAGGCGAGAGCAAUACAGCGGCGGACACGAGGGUGAUGCCUCAGCAGAACAUGAGCCGGACCCUCGAGCGGAGCAGCUGAAGUACGAGCUGGAGAAGAAGGACAAAGAGAUCCAGGAGCUAAAGAAGACCAUCACACAGUGGGAGGUGAAAUACAAAGAAGUGAAAGCGAGAAACGGACAGCUUCUUAAGAUGCUCCAGCAAGGAGAGAUGAAAGACAAAGCGGAGAUCCUGCUACAGGUGGAGGAGCUGCUGCACAUCAAAGAGGAGCUCUCGUCACAGGUGACUCUACUACACGCCGCACUGGAACAAGAGCGAUCCAAGCUCAAAGGUCUGCAGUCGGAGCAGCCCAAACAUCAGGGAAACAAGAGAGGGAAGAAAGGUUCCGAGGCUGAUCUCGGAUAACAAUGCAAACGAAGGCGCUCUUGUCGUUUCUUUUGUUUUGUUGUUUUAUGUCAUGUUGGACUGCGUGCAUGCCCCCCGUCUGAACACACACACACACA